AUGGGUGUACUUUCGUAUACAGAAAUAAAGAGAUAUUUGGAUGAAAAAAAACUUAUUAUCGUACCAUUGGAUCAACAAAACAUAGGAACCGCAAGUAUCGAUUUAACUCUAGGAGAAGAAUUUAGAUAUUUUGUCCCUCGUAAUGGGUCAGUACCUAUUAGUAACGAAGCUGGCGCCAAAGACUACCAAAAAUUUUCUGAAAUAUGCAAAGUAGAAAAUGGGAAACCUUAUCGUUUGGAUCCUGGUAAAAUGUGUUUAGGAAUUACUAAUGAAAGAGUUCGAUUGCCUCCUGAUCUUUGUGCUUUAGGAAGAUCUAGAUUUGCUAGAUUAGGAUUGUCCGUUCACAUAACUGCUUCAUUUAUUCAUCCCGGAAUUGAUAACAAAACCGUACUUGAAAUAUUUAAUGCAUCUAACCUUACUUUAGAUCUUUAUCCUGGUACUAAAGUAUGUCAAAUGAUUUUUAUGAAGAUGGAGGGUAAUGCGGAAUAUUGUGGAACAUUCCAAAAUCAAGCUUUAUAG